AUGAACGGAGGCAUAAAGGACUUUUUGGGUCAUUACACCAAAUGGCUGACGGAUCUAUUACAACUCAGCAAGACGUGGAGGGCGGAAAUGAUCAACGACGAUCUUAUGCAUAGCAUUUCAGAUGAGGUUCUCGGGAAGCAAGUCGGUGACUAUUGGAUGAGCACCGCCAGCAUGAUGGAGAUUGGGCCCUGCAAUCCUCUACAGAAAUUGCACCGAGAUUUCGGGAACUGGUGA